GAGGAUUCCAGACUAAUUUGCCUCGAUGGUUCACGAGACUUCUUCGGUCCACAUCGAUACAGUAGAUUUCUCCAGGCUUCUGAGAAAGAGGAGAGGCAAGGGAAGCUGAAUUCCUUCCGAUCUUCGUUUUGGGGUGGGGGGAGGGAGACAGAUGAUGAGGAUGGAAAUGACAGAGAAUGAGGUGGAGGAGAAGCAGGAUGAGAUGAAUGUUGUGUCACAGGAGCCCAGGACGUGCGGAAUCUUGAUCUCUAUAAUUUCUCGGGCGCAGGCUUGCGUGUAUGACGCGGCCGAGUUCUUCGUGGCAUGGCAAGGAGUUUUGACCAUUGCGUUCUGCGGCAUUCCGAAUUCCAUUCUACAGAUCAAACGAGAUGUGGACCAGGAGCUGCAGGGAGUGGUCAGGGAAAACCCCGGGUCCAAGUGGCCGAAGACCAGCGUAGCUUGCUUGCGCGAUGACAAAGUUCUCACCCUCGAGCAGCUAUCAAAGCUCCGAAGAAUUUGCAGUGAGGAAAGUCCUGCCUUAGCAGCUUCCACUCCACCUGUAAUUGUGGACAAUCUGUCCGUCGUUCUUUAUGAGAAUUGUUGCCUUGAGAAGAUCAUUCUGGAGGCAACUACCCCUCUAAGACUCCCUGUUGAGACAUCGAAGCCCACGUCUGAAGAGAAGGCGCAUGUUCGAGGAGUUAUGGAUGAGUUCGCUGCGGAAAAUCUUGAGGUUUAUCAUGUGUUCACCUCCAAAUUUGGUAACCGCUCCGCUCAUUAUAGGAAUUCCAAGGCUGGGGCUACUCUAGUCCAUUUUCUCAAGACUGUGCCAGCAGCACUGGCCAGAUUCAGACAGCGGGUUGAUGAGGAUUUACCUGGAAUGUACGAUUGGUUUUCAGACUCUUCUCUCCACAUAACCAUUCGAGCUUUAUAGUAAACAAUGUCAAGAUCAGGGCUAACAUCCGUUCACUAACAUACGUACAAGAUGAAGACUGCACAUCACCUCAGGCGACGGUUACAGGUUUCAUGAGAUUUGCAAUAUCUCUUCAGAUCUUUCUCUUCAGGGCUGAACAGCUAAGUCUUUCCAAUUUCAAGGGACAUAUGUCAUUGUUUUUCUACGGCGAUGCGGCUCAAAGACUAUGACCUAUAUAUAUGGAAAAGGUCAGAAGCUUACCCACAUACAUUUUGCACUUAUAAAGGCUGAUUUUCAUCAGUGAGGCCAUAUAUCUUCCAGAUGUUUUCGUUUAUCUGUUAACCGUAGGAGACCUCAAAAAUGUGAAGCUUUACC